UUUAUUUUUCGAGCACCCGACACAUGCCGAGGAACACUAAUUUCGCAGUUCGCAGUCUUCUUCAGUAGUCUUCAGCAGUUCGAGAGUUGGGGAUGACGCAAUGGCGCCUGGCAAGAAAUCGAGGAGGAGCAAGAAGGAAUCGAAGAAGCUGAAGAAGCGGAGGAACAUCUCCGCCGCCCCCGCGGACCCCAACACCAGCGACACCGAUUGGUGGGACGUCUUCUGGCGCAAGAACUCUCCCUCCCCAGGUUCCGCAGUACCAGAGGAUGAGGCGGAAGGAUUCAAGUAUUACUUCCGGGUGUCAAAGGAGACUUUCGCCUAUAUAUGUUCCCUUGUGAGAGAAGAUCUUAUUUCUAGACCACCUUCAGGACUCAUCAAUAUCGAAGGGAGGUUACUUAGUGUUGAAAAGCAAGUAGCAAUCGCCCUAAGAAGGCUAGCAUCUGGGGAAUCCCAAGUUUCCGUUGGAGCUGCCUUUGGAGUCGGACAGUCGACAGUUUCUCAGGUGACCUGGAGGUUCAUUGAAGCACUGGAAGAACGUGGCAGACACCAUCUUAAGUGGCCAGACGCCUCUAGGAUGGAUGAAAUAAAGGCCAGAUUUGAGGCAUUUUGUGGAUUGCCCAACUGUUGUGGGGCCAUUGAUGCGACACACAUCAUCAUGACCCUUCCGGCUGUGCAAACUUCAGAUGAUUGGUGUGACCCGGCUAAUAAUUAUAGCAUGCUAUUGCAGGGAAUCGUGGACAACGAGUUGAGGUUUCUUGAUAUUGUUACAGGUUUACCUGGAGGAAUGACAGGGUCCAGACUUCUGAAGUUCUCUGGAUUUUUUAAACUAUGUGAAUGUGGAAAACGAUUAAACGGAAAUACAAAGACUUUGAUGGAAGGAUACGAGGCUAGGGAAUAUAUAAUCGGUGGCGGCUCAUACCCUCUCCUUCCAUGGCUAAUAACUCCUUACGAAAGUGACGGAAGUGGACUUUCAGAUUCCAUGUCUGAUUUUAAUGCCGUGCAUGAAUCUGCGAGAUCACUCGCCGUGAAGGCAUUCUCGCAGUUGAAGGGAAGUUGGAGAAUCCUCAGCAAAGUCAUGUGGAGGCCCGACAAACAGAAGCUGCCUAGUAUUAUAUUAGUUUGUUGUUUACUCCACAAUAUCAUUCUUGACAGUGGGGAUAAGUUGCAUUCCGAUGUUGCUUUGCCCGGUCAUCAUGAUUUUGGCUAUGUAGAACAGGGUUGCAAGCAAGUUGAUCCACUGGGGAGUGCAUUGAGGGAAAACCUUGCUAAGAACCUGCAGUGCCGACAAGAGACUGUUCCAUCAAAGUAAAGAGUCUCUUCAUGUAUACACCUGGCAAUUAUUAUGAAUAUUUUUUGCCUAACUUUUCAGUUCAA